GCUGGAAUAACUGUUUGCACUAAGCUCGGUUGAUCUCGAGCAUCGCCAUAUUGACGUCCCAACAAGGCUGAGAAGGAGGCGUUUGUUAUAACCCCAGUGAUGACUGUAUUGAACCCUGUACCUCCUGAUUAGACUGGUUGGACGCCCCCAUUUAACACACAGGUUUCUCCAUUUCACACUGUCAAAUUUUUCUUACCAUAAAGACACCCCAGCAACUCCGGUUAACAUUAUCACUAUCCUGGAGGAAAACUCCCAGGACAUUUUUUAGAAAAGAUUUUGUGCAGAAUAUGUCUGGCCCUGUUCCAAGCCGCUCUCGAGUUUACCCUGAUGUAAACACACAGAGGCCUCGGGAAUACUGGGACUAUGAGUCCCAUGUUGUUGAAUGGGGUAACCAAGAUGACUAUCAGCUCGUCAGAAAACUAGGAAGAGGCAAAUACAGUGAAGUAUUCGAAGCCAUAAACAUCACAAACAAUGAAAAAGUGGUCGUUAAAAUACUGAAGCCUGUCAAGAAAAAGAAAAUCAAGAGAGAAAUAAAGAUCCUGGAGAAUCUGAGGGGUGGUCCAAAUAUCAUCUCACUGUUAGAUAUCGUUAAAGAUCCUGUGUCUCGAACUCCUGCUCUGGUCUUUGAACAUGUCAACAACACAGAUUUCAAGCAAUUGUAUCAGACACUGUCAGACUUUGACAUACGGUUCUACAUGUAUGAAAUCUUAAAGGCUCUGGAUUACUGCCACAGUAUGGGCAUCAUGCACCGUGACGUAAAACCCCACAAUGUAAUGAUUGAUCACGAACACAGAAAGCUCCGUCUAAUUGACUGGGGUCUGGCAGAGUUCUACCAUCCAAACCAAGAAUACAACGUGAGGGUGGCGUCCAGGUACUUCAAAGGCCCUGAGCUGCUGGUAGACUACCAGAUGUAUGACUACAGCUUGGACAUGUGGAGUCUGGGGUGCAUGCUUGCCAGCAUGAUCUUCAGAAAGGAGCCUUUCUUUCAUGGUCAUGACAAUUAUGAUCAGCUUGUGCGGAUUGCAAAAGUACUUGGCACAGAGGACCUGUAUGACUACAUCGACAAGUACAACAUUGAGUUGGAUCCACGGUUUAACGACAUUCUGGGAAGACAUUCUCGCAAAAGAUGGGAGAGGUUCGUGCACAGUGAGAACCAGCACCUGGUCAGCACAGAGGCUCUAGACUUCCUGGACAAACUGCUGCGCUACGACCAUCAAGUUCGCCUCACGGCCAGAGAGGCCAUGGAUCAUCCCUACUUCUAUCCCAUCGUCAAAGAUCAGGGAAGAGGGGCCACUCCUGGGGGGAUGGCUGCCAGCUCCACUCCAGUCAGCUCCUCAAGUAUGAUGGCUGGCAUCAACUCCAUGUCCUCCUCACAGCCACUGGCUAACAUUGCUGGAUCCCCCGUCAUCUCUGCCCCCAACACUCUGGCCACACAAGUCCCCGCAGCCACCGGGGCCCAGCCCUGAAACAGCUUCCUCACCUGUGUUAAUGUGUGCUCGUGGUCAUGUCCUGGGUCCCAAGGCCAUGGCUCCCCUUUUUAUGUUGGGAAAAAAAUUUAAAAAAGAUGAUUUAAAUAAAAAAAUAAUAAAAAAAAUUUGCUUUUCACAUUCAGUUGUAUUUUGACACCUGGACUUGACAGAAAUGCAUUGUUGCACCUGUCACGUCGAUUAGAAAUUAAUUUGGGUGUGUUAUUUGACAAUGCCAUUGUCUAGAAAUUCUAAUGAGAUGUAGACAUAAAGAGAAUGGAUAAUAAAAUUUAUUUUGUAUGUUCCAAAUAUACAGUCUUGCUUGAAAUUGUUUUGAUGGGGAAUCCUGCUGUAUUACACUGUGAACCUUGACAUGGCUUCACAAAACGACAGGUUCGGGGAGUCUGGUGUGUCCCGCCCCAACAAAGCUCGCCGGUUGCACACAUUGUAAUGUGCAGGAGUUAGUGUUUUUUUUUUUCUUUUUAAGUUGUUUAGAUGCUAUUAUCACUCUUCAAUUGGACUUCUUUUGUAGAUAUUCUACAGUUACUGUCAGGUUGCAUGCACCCAAUGCUGAGUUUCACAGGGUCGAUAGAUUGCCAAUUUUAUGUUACUUUCACUUCUGUAUGUGUAUGUAAGUGUCCAUGUUUGUUUUUUAUGAAGUCUCUUACACUUGAUUUUGAUUACAUAGACAAUUUUGUAACGUUUUUGUUUUAUGUUGGGAGGAGUCAUCAACUUCGGGAAAAACAACUUCAGAAAUAAACAAUUUAAAAAGGG